AUGAUGAUGUCUCUGAGCAGCAAGCAGCCUUUCGGCCUCCCCCACGGCGGCGGCAGCGGCGGCGGCCUCCACGAAACCAAGUACUCGGCCCUGCACACCGCCUCGCCCUGUCCGUCCGCCGGCGCCGCCGCCCCCGCCGCCAGCUCCCCCAGCAGCACCGGCACCGGCGGCUCUGCCGGACGCGGCUCCGGCUCCGGCUCCGGCCCCGGCGGCAGCGGCGGCUCCGGCUCCAGCUCGGGCUCCGGCGGCAGCGGCGGCGGCGCGGAGGCGAUGCGGCGGGCCUGCCUGCCCGCCCCUCCGAGCAAUAUAUUCGGCGGUCUGGACGAGAGCCUGCUGGCCCGCGCCGAAGCCCUGGCAGCGGUGGACAUCGUCUCCCCGAGCAAGAGCCACCACCACCACCCGCCGCACCACAGCCCCUUCAAGCCGGACGCCACGUACCACACCAUGAACACCAUCCCCUGCACCUCGGCCGCCUCCUCCUCCUCCGUGCCCAUCUCCCACCCGUCCGCCCUGUCGGGCACCCACCACCACCAUCACCACCACCACCACCACCACCACCAGCCGCACCAGGCGCUGGAGGGGGAACUCUUGGAGCACCUGACGCCGGGGCUGGCGCUGGGGGCCAUGGCGGCCCCCGACGGCGCCGUGGUCUCCACGCCGGGCCACGCUCCGCACAUGGCCGGCAUGAACCCCAUGCACCCGGCGGCGCUGGGCAUGGCCCACGCCCACGGGCUGCCGGCCCACAUGGGCUGCAUGAGCGACGUGGACGCCGACCCCCGCGACCUGGAGGCCUUUGCCGAGCGCUUCAAGCAGCGCCGCAUCAAGCUGGGGGUGACCCAGGCCGACGUGGGCUCGGCGCUGGCCAACCUGAAGAUCCCGGGGGUGGGCUCCCUCAGCCAGAGCACCAUCUGCCGCUUCGAGUCCCUCACCCUCUCCCACAACAACAUGAUCGCCCUCAAACCCAUCCUGCAGGCGUGGCUGGAGGAGGCCGAGAAGUCGCACCGCGAGAAGCUGGCCAAGCCCGAGCUCUUCAGCGGCGCGGAAAAGAAGCGCAAGCGGACCUCCAUCGCCGCCCCCGAGAAGCGCUCGCUGGAGGCCUAUUUUGCCCUGCAGCCCCGGCCCUCCUCCGAGAAGAUCGCCGCCAUCGCCGAGAAGCUGGACCUCAAGAAGAACGUGGUCCGCGUCUGGUUCUGCAACCAGCGCCAGAAGCAGAAGCGCAUGAAGUACUCGGCGGGCAUCUGA